AAGUACUGAGCAUAAAUGCUAGUUGAGCCAACAAAAUAGGAAAGAAAAAAAAUAUAUCUUUUAUAAUAAAGUGUGACAGAAAUGGAAUGCAACCCUAGUUCAUCAACUUCUAAUAAGGUUGACAGAAGAACCAUUGAGAAAAAUAGAAGAAUUCAAAUGAAGGGACUCUACUCCACGCUUCAUUCUCUUGUUCCUCAUGAUUCUUCUAGGGAAAUGAUAUCACUGCCAGAUCAACUACACGAAGCUGCAAGUUACAUAAAGAAACUGCAAAUAAAAUUAGAGAAAAUGAAUGAAGAAAAGAAUCAAUUGAUGGGAAUAAAAGGGCCAGAAAUAAUCAAUCACGCGGAUGGCAAGAAAAUCAAUAACUACAAUAUGUUGGUAGGGCAACAAAGAACACCGCAGAUUGAUGUUCGUGAAACCGGCUCAUAUCUUGAAGCAAUUCUAAUCACUGGAGUUGAUUUUCAGUUUUUGUUUAGUGCAACGAUUCGUGUGCUUCAUGAAGAAGGCUUUGAUGUCGUCAAUGCUGGGUAUUCCAUCCUUAACGAUACUGUGUUUCAUACUAUACAUGCUCAGAUUAGAGAAGGUUAUGCUCAAGAAAAUGGUGUUGCAAGGAUCAUGGAGAGACUUCAGAACAUAGUGAAUGGCAUAUAAAUAAUUAAUGCGUGUUGCUAUAUAUGACUACAAUUGUUAAGAAGAGUUAUAGAUGAACCAUGUGUGGUUAAGAUUCAAGACCAUCAUAUCGACACUGAUGUGGGAAUAUCGUUAUCCGCUAUCAAUUUAUUUGAUGUUUUGCUUUUCUAGAAUUGUUUGUAAAUUAACCAACAUAUAUAUAUAUUUGGUUAGUUUUCAUUUA